AUGGAUCCUGUAAACAUCGUGGGGAAAUUGCGUAAGUAUUGGCACACGGAAAUAGACUUUAUUGGGCCACCGGAAGAGCCUAAGGCACCUGAGCUGGAGAAAAAAGAAGAAGAAAAGAAGGAUGAAGCCGCUGUUAAAAUCGCCGAGCUCAUUAAGGCAAUAGAGUUGGGUGGUGGUUAUAAUUAUCCCUACAUGACUUCACACUAUCAUCUUGAGAGUAUUGCAAAAGAGAACCCUAAUGCUUGUUGUGUUAUAUCUUAA